AUUUGGACGAGCAAAGAGCUCAUUCUUUUUUUCUUUGUUGAAUAACAAUGCGCGCUGUUGCCGUCAUUGCCUUCCUUGGCCUCGUCGCUGUCGCCUCGGCUGAGUUCAUCCUCCAGCAGGAGAUGAUCGACCAGAUCAACAACGCCAACGUCGGCUGGACUGCCGGUGUCAACCCCCGCUUCGCUGGCAAGACCCGCGAGGACAUCAAGGGCCUGCUCGGCACCAAGCUCCUCCCCAAGGGCACCAAGCUCCGUGAGUUCCCCGUUGUCGACACUAUUGUCGAUGCCAUCCCCACCUCGUUCGACGCCCGCACCCAGUGGCCCGCUUCCAUCCACCCCAUCCGUGACCAGCAGCAGUGCGGCUCUUGCUGGGCUUUCGGCGCCACCGAGGCUCUCUCCGACCGUCUUGCCAUUGCCUCCAACAACUCGAUCAACGUCGUCCUCUCCCCCCAGGACCUCGUCUCGUGCGACUCGACUGACUACGGCUGCGACGGCGGCUACCCGAUCAACGCUUGGCACUACAUGCAGUCGCUCGGCGUCGUGACUGACACUUGCUACCCCUACACCUCUGGCAACGGCGACUCUGGCACGUGCCAGAUCACCGGCAAGAAGACCCCCGCUUGCGCCACCGCCACCUUCUACAAGGCCAAGACCGCUUACCAGGUUGCCAACAACAUGGCUGCCAUCCAGUCUGAGAUCCUCGCCAACGGCCCCGUUGAGGCUGCCUUCUCUGUCUAUGACGAUUUCUUCUCGUACACCUCGGGUGUCUACUCGCACCAGUCUGGCGCCCUCGAUGGCGGCCACGCUGUCAAGAUUGUCGGCUGGGGCGUCGAUGGCACCACCCCCUACUGGAUUGUCGCCAACUCCUGGGGCACCUCCUGGGGCCAGGCUGGCUUCUUCUGGAUCAAGCGCGGCAACGACGAGUGCGGCAUUGAGGAUGGCAUUGUUGCCGGCCUCGCCGCCGUGUAAAAACCCUUUUACACGUCUAGCCACUUUGGUUGCUCUCGUUGUUGUUUUUUUGCUUCCCCCGCAGUUUUUCUUGUGCGAGUUGUUUGAGUUUUUGAUUUUGGAUCAGUGUUGAAAAUGUUCAAACAAGAACAACAAAGAAAAACAUUUGAACGAA